GUAAGAACCCGAGGAGGGGAGGAGCCCUGGAGGUGAGGAGGCGUAUCCCUGGGACCCCGCGGACGCUGCGAGCGUCGCAGGCCCACCCAACCUCACCUCGCCGCACAUGUGCACAAGGGCAAUGACCCCCGAGGCACGCCAGGGUGCCGCAACAGACAGGGCUACCUUGGGCCGACAGCGCGGCCAGGGCUGGACGCGGCUCGCAGAGCCGCGGGGGUGAAACAGCGGAGCCUGGCUCGCUUCCGUGCCAGGCUCGCGGAGCCCCUCGCGGCACCGCUCCCGCCUCCUGGGCCAGGCUCGCGGGGCCCGGGCUGGACCCGCGGAGCCCGGACUGCACGCGCGGGGCCGCUCUCCCCCCCGCAGGGGCCGCCCAACCCGGCAGAGCGCUCGUCCUGGCCGCUGGCCCCGACACCAGCGAGCAGCUUAAGGGGGGAUGCCCCGCCAGCGCACAGGCGUGGCCCCCGUCCCCCAGGGUUCUGUGGAGCCCCGCCGCUGCUGACUCUCGCAACCAGCUGGACGCGCAUCGCGGAACCGCGAGGGUGAAACCACGAAGCCUGCUAGGCUCGCCGCGCCGCUCGGUCCCAGCGCUGGUCUCUUCGUAGACCACUCCCUUCUCCAGCUCCCCCGUGGCCAGCGGGCCACCAGCCGUCGGCGAGUCGUUUGGCCACGCUGUCGGCGAGGCAGCUGGCCGCCAGUUGUCGGCAUGCUGUUGGUGAAGGCGUCGGCGAAGCUGUCUGGGAAGCUAUCGGCGAGCGCGGCCCUGAAGCCCUUCGCGUCCCCGGCGUGGUCUGACAGCGCACGGCCGUCCUCCAGCUGCUUGCCCGCCAGCCGUCGGCGAGCGGGCCGCCAGCUGUCGGUCAGCGUGCCGCAUGCCGUCGGCGAGUCUGUCGGCGAAGCUGCUGGCGAAGCUGUCGGCGAAGCUGCUGGCGAAGCUGUCGGCGAAGCUGUAGGCGAGCGCGGCCCCGAAACCCUUCGUGUCCCCGGUGUGUGUGUGUGUGUGUUGCAUGUGUGAAUGUGUGUGCGCGCGCGCUUCGCGCGCUCAGGUUCU